AUGAGCUGCCCGGGCUCGGCCCCCCGCAGCCCCGGCCGCCCGUGUCCCCGCCGCCGCCACCGCCGCUGCCUCCUCGGGCACCGCGCCGCAGCUUGCGCCCCGCGGCCCCGCCAUGGGGCUCCCCUCGCGCCUGCCCCCACCCCCGGGCUAGGACGAUGCGGGAGCCCCGCGGGCACCAUGAGCCCCCUCCUACUGGCCGCCCUGCUGCUGCUGCUGCUGCUGCCGCCGCUGCCCCCCGGAGCCCCGGCGCAGACUUUCAGUUCCCCACCCGAGGGGCCCCACCACCAACAGAAAGUGGUUCCCUGGCUGGAGGUGUUCAGCCGAGCCUCCUGCCAGCCCCGGGAGGUGCUGGUGCCCUUGAGCCUGGAGUUCCCAGGCGAGGUGGCCCACCGGCUGGUGCCUAGCUGCGUGACCUUGCAGCGAUGUGGAGGCUGCUGCCAUGAUGAGGCUCUGGAGUGUGUGCCUACUAGCCAGCGCCACGUCCGAAUGCAGAUCCUGAUGAUCAGGUACCUGAGCAGUCACCUGGGGGAGAUGUCCCUUGUGGAGCACAGCCAAUGUGAAUGCAGACCAAAAAAGGACACUUUCGUGAAGCCCAUCAGCCCCAGGCCCCAAUGUCCUAGAUGUGCCCAGAGACGCCAGCGCCCCGAUCCUCGAACCUGCACCUGUCGCUGCAGACGCCGAAGCUUAUUGCGUUGCCAAGGGCGGGGCCUAGAAUUCAACCCAGACACCUGCAGGUGCAAGAAGCUUCGAAGGUGACACGGCCCUUCCUGGAUUCUGAUGGGACAUCCCUUCCUCGGCCCCAACCCCACGAUGGGAUGGGGAGCCCUGUUGGGGCAUUGUGCCAAUGGCUACAGCGGGGAAGGGAGCUGCUGCUACAGAGGAAGUCCAGACCUCUUGGAGUGAUCUGUCACCCUAAGCUGCUAUGCUUGGAGGGGAAGGGCAGGGCAGGGCAGGGGAGGUCACUGGUUUGGGGUAAAAGGGAUUCAACUCUCUUUAUUUAAUGCCCUCCCUUGCCCAGACAAACACCGUGUCACUGAAUUCCUCACUGCCUUCCCCUGCCAAUUGACAGUGGGAUGAAGAAAGGUGGGGAAAUUCCAGAGCCACCAAGAAUGUUCUUGGCUUUGGUACAUGGAUGGUGUGACCCCCAGACCUCUUAAAAAAGAUGAAAAAAGUUGUGACCUAGA